AUGGACCAUAAAACAUGGCUGUGGAGGAAGAAAUCUACAGACAAGAAUGUUGUUGCUACUGAACAUAAAGUUGACCUUUCUUCAAAAGAAGAAGAGAUACAGACACUCUUGGCUGAUAAGGCAGAAUUGGAGAACAACCUGGAAAGUUUGAGUGACAAGCUUUCAUCUGCCCUGUCUGAGUGUAAUGCCAAAGAUGAUCUUGCAAAGAAACAAGCCAAGCUGGCAAAGGAAGCCAUGGCAGGCCAGGAGAAGGCAGAAACAAAAGCAAUGUCUCUAAAGCAAGAAUUAGAUGGAGCCUUAAAGCAAAGAGCUGCUGGAGAAGAAAGAUUGUCUCAUCUGGAUGCAGCUCUCAAGGAGUGUAUGCAGCAGCUACGUUUUGUUCGAGAAGAGCAGGAGCAAAGGAUUCAUGAUGCUGUCAUGAAGACAUCCAAUGAGUUUGAAAAGUCCCAGAUGAUUUUGGAACAGAAGCUGGCAGAGACUGGUAAAACACUUGCCAAAAUAGGUCUUGAGAAUACUCAUCUAAGUAAGGCUCUCUUAGCAAAGGAAAAGUUGAUUGAAGAUUUAAGAAAGCAAAAGGCUCAGGUGGAGGCAGAUUUUAAUGCUCUGAUGAGUAGGCUAGAGUCCACAGAAAAAGAUGGUGCUUCUCUCAAAUACGAAGUCCGAGUGCUAGAGAAGGAGCUUGAGAUCCGAAACGAGGAGAGAGAAUUUAAUCGCAGAACAGCUGAUGCAUCACACAAACAACACUUAGAGAGUGUGAAAAGAAUUGCGAAGUUAGAAGCAGAAUGUCAGAGACUGCGUGUCCUGGUCCGCAAGCGGUUGCCUGGCCCUGCUGCCUUGGCUAAAAUGAAAAGUGAAGUAGAAAUCCUCGGAAGAGAUUCAGUUGCAAUGAGAAGGAGAAGGUUAAAUGGUAGUCCUAUGGAUUUAGUGGUUGGCUUAGCUGUUGAAAACUCUGCUGACUCUCCCAGCAAAAAGAUUAACUUUCUGACUGAGCAGUUAUGUGCCGUGGAAGAAGAAAACAAGACUCUCAAGGAAGCCCUUAAUAAAAAGGCAAAUGAACUCCAAUUUUUGAGAGCCAUGUAUGCUCGCACUGGUUCCAAAUUAUCACAGGUUGAAUCAUAUCUUGAUGAAUCAUCAAAAGGACAGAUAGCCUUGGAGAGAUCAAGGAGCGUGCUUAUGCCACAUGAGCUCUCUCUGGCCUCAAUGUCCGAAAUUGGCAGUGAUGAUAAGAUUAGCUCUGCUGAAUCUUGGGCUUCUGCUUUGAUAACAGAAAUGGAGCACUUCAAACAGGGAAAGCAAAGGGGAUCACCAACAAACAGAACUAUAGGAGCUACAGACAUAUCCCUGAUGGAUGACUUUGCUGAAAUGGAAAAACUUGCAAUAGUUUCAGUCGAUAAGCAGUUCGAAAGUCCUUGUGUUUCUUCUAACAAUGUUAAUGCAAUUGGUCAGGAGAUCAUUCCAGCAUUAGAGACUGGAGCUGCUGUAUCAAACCAGGUAAUCAAGUCCAUAGAUAAAGCUUCCAGUUGGCUAAACGAUAUUCUGAAAAUCUUGUCGGAGCAAAAUCGUGUCACACUAAGAAAGCCUGAUGAAAUACUGGAGGAUGUUAGAGUAGCUCUAGCAAAUAUAAAUCACGCAAGCCCUGCAGAAUAUUUUGAUACAAGGCAAAGCUCAACGCAUUCUGAUGCAGUAAAUUCCCCUCAUGUUGGUGGAUACAUCUCAUGGAAACCUAUGUAUUCGGUGACUGAUUCACCAGGUGGAGUUACUGAAGCUGAUGCCUUGUUGACAGACAGGAGCAGUCAGCAGGUCCAGUCCGAUCUCAGCAAAUCACUCUGCAAGAUUAUUGAGCUUGUUGAAGGGAUCACUUUAUCAUGUGCUGAUCAUGGUAACUCAGGGACGUUGACCAGAAAGGAUGGGAAUUUUUUGCCAUAUGAGAAUACAGAAACACCAUCAGGCUACAUGGUCCGUGUUUUGCAGUGGAAAACUUCUGAACUAAGUGAUGUAUUACAGCAAUUUGUUCGUGCUUGUUAUGAUCUGUUGAAUGGAAAAUCCGAUGUGAACAUGUUUUCCCAAGAAUUAGGUUCUGCUUUGGACUGGAUUAUGAACCACUGCUUUUCGAUUCAAGAUGUUUCAAGCAUCAGAGAUGCAGUUAAGCAGCAUUUUGAUUGGGAUGAAUCAAGAAGUGAGUGUGAAGCAGAUGUUGUUGCCUCCAAUGGACAUCAUAACUAUGUUGAGAAGGAUGAAUGCCAUCAAUCUACUAUUAGAGAGGAAAAUAAAAAGUUAAGAGAGGAGUUGAUUAAUAUUGAGUCUGCAAAGAGAGACUUGGAAGCGAGGCUGGAGUCGGCUACUAAUAAGAGUGAGUCCUUGAUGAAUCAACUUAAGGAAUCAGAGAAAACCAUUGAGAGCUUGCAAACAGAUUUAGAAACUUUGCGAGGUUCGAAGGCAAUGUAUCAAAUUGAAAAUCACAAGUUGAUGAAAGAAGAUGUUGAUACACAGCUUACAGCAGCCAAAGUUGAAUUGAGGGAGGCUCACCGAAAGUUAUCUUCCUUAGAAAUGGAACUGGAGAACAAAAAGAGUUGCUGUGAAGAAUUAGAAGCCACAUGUCUUGAACUACAGCUCCAACUUGAAAGUAUGACGAAAAAGGAAAUCCCUGACUCUGAACUCCAUCAGGAAGAGAGCCAACUCCGGACGGAUUGGGAGAUAACGGCUGCUUCAGAAAAGUUGGCUGAGUGCCAAGAGACAAUUCUAAACCUGGGGAAACAGUUAAAGGCAUUGUCUUCGCCAAGUGAAGCAGCCCUAUUCGACAAGGUCAUCGCUACAUCCACGGACACAAAUACCACCUCGGUGGUCACCGCCUCCACAAGCACAGCCUUGACUUCACCCAAGAACAAGAUCUCGAACCAAAGGUCCUCUUUGCUAGAUCAGAUGCUAGCAGAGGACCAUGCUGAAGUGAAGGGCACUAAAUCAGUCAAAUGCAAAGAAAGUGGUAGCAAUUCCAGUCCCACCGUCAUUUCCAAUAAGGUGAUCGAGCCUCUUGAAAAAAUCCUCAUUUUAAAUGGAACUAAACACCGGGAUGAUGAUGUUGCAAUUAAUUCUUUGGCCAUUGUGUCUAGCAAGAAAGUGGGAGUUGGACGUUUGUGGAGAAAGUUGCUAUGGAGAAAGAAGAAACCAAGCAUCAAGAAACCAUCCUUUCAGUUUGGCCAGUAA